AUGUUUCGACGACUGGGAGCGAAUGCCAACAAGUUGGCGAGGCCGGUGAACAAAGAUGCUGUGAGUGUGGCCCGCCGCCAUCUGGAACCCAUGAGUACAUGGUACUUGGCUUCAUGGACCAUGGUGUGGUACUAUGCCUUCUUCUUCUGGAUGCCGAUGGUAUGGACAGACCUGAUGGUGCCGUCCUUCGUGUACAACAAGCUUCCUGUCAUUCAUUUUCUUCAGGAGAAGCGGGCGGAGCAGAAGCUGCGCCGUGUGCUCGAUGAAACUUACACGGAAUGGACCGAAGAACUUGAUCAGGCACACAUCACAGAGGCCAUAACGCGAUCCUUUAAUUUAUGA